AUGUUCAGCUAUCCGCCCUUUUCACUGACGAAGCCCAUGUACGACAUGGACACCUACGGGGGUCGCAUCAUGUACUUCUUUUCCUCCAUCAACCCGCUGCUCUGCUUCCAGACGGAGCGGAUGCUGCUGCAGAAGCGGCUGCUUCUGGACCGUGUGGCUGCCGGCGAGAAGGUGGAUGUGGGCGACAAGACCCUCUGGCGUGCACGCACCGCCAUUGAGAACUGCGUGCACCCAACCACAGGAGAAACCCUCUUCCCUCUGUUCCGGUUUUGCGCGUUCCUCCCGAUGAACGCGUUUAUCGUCCCCUUUAUGAUGACGCCUGGAACGGUCAGCAGCGUCCCGCGCACGAUCUUCAUUCAGUGGUUUAACCAGAGCUAUAAUAGCGCGGUGAACUACGCCAAUCGCUCCUCCGACAAGCAGCCUGUGGGGGAGCUCACCAAGGCGUACCUUGCCGCGGUGGGCAUCUCCGUUUCUGGUGCACUGGGUGCGACGGCGCUGCUUAAGCGGGUGCCGAGUGGCACCCUCCAGGCAACCGUCAUCCGCGCGACUGUGCCGUUCUGCGCCGUUUCCGCCGCCGCCAUUGCGAACCUCUCGCUGAUGCGCAAGAACGAAUGGAUGCCGUCUGGCACCGGACUGAACGUCGUGGACGAGGACGGGGAGGUGCGUGGACAGAGUCUCGCCGCCGGCAUGGACAGCCUGAAGAAGUGCUCGGUGACGCGUGUCGUGUGGAAUAUUCCCUCGAUGCUCCUCCCAACGCUCUUGAUGGCUCCCCUUACGACCCGCUACGCCUUCGCCAGGAGCUCGCCGCUGUGCACAGAAACGGCGUUGCAGAUUCUGGGCCUCGCCGUGGGUGUGCCGAUGGCGCUCGGUGCGUUUAGCCCCACUGUGCGCAUUCCUGCGGCCCGCCUGGAGCCGUCGCUGCAGGGGCUGAAGCGCAAGGACGGGACCCCAGUGACGACGUACACGUACUACAAGGGCCUGUGA